AUCGCGGGCGACGGGCAUGUGCGGCAAGUAAAAUUCGCCCGCAGUUGCCAUCUACAUGGCAAACAGUCGACACCGCGGCCGAUCAUUGAACUUGUGGCUUUUCUCUCUCGCGAUGCUCUUUCUUUAGUCCUCGACAGACACAAGUUAUCAGUAUCUUCAGUCGUUGUGUUCACCAUUUACAUGCCGACUCGUAGUCGUCGACUUCAUCUUCAUCAUCUUUAAAUAUUGCUUCGUGUUUUUCGUUCUCUUCGGUUUUUCCGAUACCGGACCGUCUCAGUUUGGGUUGCUCGCCUGACUGACUAUUAAAGUCUCUCCUGUUUGAUUAUGGUGAAAGUGAACAGUGAAUUUAAAUAUUAAGGAAUUGAAUGCCGAUUCAACUGAUCAACCAUGGGAAGGGAGCACCUUUAGUCGUCAUGUAGUCAAAGCAAUCCGAAAUUCCUCCAAAAUCCAAAGUGACCAUGUUUAGCAACGCGACGGUUUCAUCGAAGGGUAGCUCCAGCAGGAGUGGAAACAGUUGUGGACGCAACUCGUCAAUGCCUUCCCUCCGCAUGCCAAAUCCGUUCUUCCACAACAAAACAUCUUUUAAUCCGCUCUUCCGUUAUUCGGACGCGUUUACCAGUUUCGACGCUUCCAACUUUAGUCUCGAUGAAAACAAAAAGUACCGCGACAAGAACCAUCCGAUUUUACGUAAAUAUAACUCGCACGAUUCGCAAGCGAACUUUAUGGAAGUUCACCUUAAUUCAAGCGGUAAUACGCCGGAUUCGACUAAGAGCCGGUCUAUUUAUAAACACACUCCGGAAAUUAGUCCCGAAUCGACCGAAGAACGGAAUAAAAGACCGGAGUUGGACACGAGGGAAUUUCUUGAAAAGUACUCGUUACCAAGGGUUGUUAUGGUGGAUGGUGGUGAACCAUUGUUGCUUUAUCGGUGUUUUGACAGUUUUACAAAAGUGCAGGCGAAAGGAGUGGUCGGGAAAAAGGGGAAAGAAAAAAUCGACAGUCGUGUUCUGCAUUUUCCAGAGGGUUACGCAGGUUGGUUUUCUUUAACGAACGAUAAAGGAGAAAAAUGUGCCGUAACCCAUACAACUAUUCUGCAGCUUGUGAGAGAUCAAGUGUGCGCUUUUUUAAGUGUACAAUCUUUCUCAGGAUAUACAGCCAGUAACCAUGAUCCAUUAGAUAGCCGAACAGGGAAGACUCAAUACUUAAAGACUCAGAUUCGUGGCGGUCAAGUCUUUCAGCUCAGGGCUGUGUUCCAGCAUCGCGACAAGUACGACGGAGGCAGGCAUUCCACCAAGUCAUCACGAUUGUCACGAUCUGCGAGAGAUAAAGAUUUGGCCAACCGUUAUGCACAACUCAUCGGCCAAAAUAAUCAGGAAUUCUACGUACCGUUAACAACGAAGGGAGAAUUCUAUGAAAUUUAUACUUCAAUGAAGGCACGUCUUUGCUUCCCUGGAAUGUUGGACAAAACGGGACCACUGGCUUUGGAUAAAGACUGUUUAUACAAGAUAACCCAUUUGCUUAGGAGGAUAGCUCUUCCUGUAAAGGUUAAACUAUUAGUUGGUCCUCUUCCUCAAGGAGUACCGAAGGAGUUUACAGAUACGUUUAUUUUGGAAAAGAAAUUUCAAGAACCCCUUCUGGUAACAUGCACCUUACCACUGCCAACGGAAGACGCAAAACAUGAAAUAAAUUGUAUAAACAUGAAUUCCGAUGUUAAAUUAACGAAAUGUCGACUGGGAUUCGACUCUGAAAAUCGCUUAUUUAAGUCCCAAAGGUUACAAGCAGCCCUCUCUUUUUGCCAUAGAAAUGUCGAAUCGUGGUAUCGGGAAGUUCGACUGGUUCCGAAUAUGGAAACCCAAAAUUCUCACAGAUGUCGAAGAAAAGACAACUGCCAAGGAAGCAUGUGCAAUCAGUGUAGACCACGAAUACACGAUUCCGAUGAACACAUUCAACAAAUGAAGAACUACGCCAAUACGGACUUUAGCGAUAAACAAAUUAUUAGUAAAGAAGUACUAGAAAAAUUCCCGAGGACGAAAAAAUGGUACAAACACCUGAAGAUAUUCCAAGCGGGAAACGAAAAUGUAAACAACGGAAAGUAUGCCGAUCUCAAAGAUCCAAUGGACGGAAUGGAAAAAGUGAAAAGUAUAGAACGAUACAAAGACAUGUCGAAACUUAUUGAAGAAAAAUUCGGAAAGAAAAGUUACAAUCCUGUUAAAAAGUCAGCUAGUUUUAUGUAUUCCGGUAAGAGAAUGGACUUGGAAGAAACUCAAGAAGAAGACGAUAGCAACCCGUCUCUUCUAAAGUGUCAAAGUUUAGACUUCCAAUUACAAUCGCCAGAAGGGCAAAGAUCGGAAAAUUCCCACAGUAGAAUAAUUCGAAAACCAUCAAAUGCAUCUUCAGAUUCCCGAAGUGUGAGAAGCAACGAUAUUCAGCUGUGUAUUCUGGAAGAAGAAAAACCAAUCGUUCCAUUAAAGGCACCGCACAGGCAAUCCUUAAGAGAUCUCAAGACCAUGAAUUUCCACAUUACUGAAAUCGCAUUUGAAGACGCGCCUUUAUCGCAGCAGCAGCCGAAACUGAAGAAAAACAAACCAGAUUUAAUUCCAACUUUAAAGAAAGAAAGCACCACCACUGAAAACUCAUUUAUUACAGAUCGUCUUUGUACCGAGUUUCACGUUAAAACGAAAAUCCAGAAGAAGAGCGGUAGCAAAAGUAAUCUCCUAGAUGGUAACGAUGAUUUUAGAAGUAGUGUGCGAUUAGAAGAUCAGAGAUUAAAACUGCCAGUCAGUCGGAAACAUAGCGAGCCAACACCUAAAAACGCCUUUACCAGAUCAGUCCUUGUCCAGGUCCAUGAAGAGUCCUUACCAAAACCCAAACCUCCUCGGACUACUGGAACGGUUGUUGUCGCUGAUUACAGUCAUGUGGCGGACGAAGUUGUCGAAAAGAAUUCGGAAAAGGGCGCGGACGAGAAUAUUUAUGCGGAAAUUUGCGAAGAUGAAUGCAACAAUUGUGAUAAUAUAAGGAAGUGCGAAUGUAAGAGAACUAAAAACUGUCCUGAAUAUUGCUACGUCAGACUAGGUUCGAACGGUGAUAGUGUUAGUCAGUCGGACUCAGACGACGUUAUUUAUAACACGUUGAGAUGAAACCUUUAUUAUAAAUUAAUAUAAUUAUGAUAGUAAUAAUCCGCGUUGAACGCUCAAUUAAAAUUUAAGAACGUGAAA